GCGCCGGCCCCUUUCAACAAAGAUUCCACGGACCUCAUCUUACACACUGCGGACAACGUAGCAUUUCACGUAUGGAAGGUAAUCCUCAUCGAAGCGUCUCCCGUCUUCGGCGACAUGAUCGCGCUAGGCAACACACCACACACCGCGUCUGACGAAGCGACGCCCGACGGCGCCCACCCUCCCGCCGUGCAGCUGACGGAGACCAGUGCGGCCCUGGAGCCGUUCCUCCGCAUGUGCUACCCUCCUUCCCACCCCCCCGUCUCCUUUUCCCAGCUCGACACCCUCCGCUCCGUCAUCGAGGUCGCCCACAAGUACCAGGCCGACGGCGUCUUCCAGGUGCUGAAGAACCUCCUCGUGGAGACGUUCUCCCCCGCCGAGCCCCUCCGCGUCUACGCCAUCGCCGUGCGCCUCGAGAUGGCGGACGUCGUGGAGGCGUCCGCGCGCGACUUCCUCGCGAUCCCCGCCUUCGGGCCGUACAGCGGGGAGCUCGAGGACGUGAGCGCGGGCGCGUACCACCGCCUGCUCGCCUACCGCAGCGAG